CGAUUUGGCCACUAUGUUGGAUUUCGGAAACUUGGAGGCGUCUUCGUCGUCUUUGUCAACCCGAGAUGCCGGACCUUCCCAUUUGACCCCACAAUUCCAGCGCUCCUCAGAUAGUCUGGACACAAAUACCAGCAACACCCAUAAGCGGAUAAAACCGAACUUCGAGCCACCUACUAAACCACAAGUGCUCGAGCUGUUGCAGGUAGCCAAGUCAGCGGCCGAGGAGGUGAUUGAUCUUGUUUUAGAAGGGAAGCCUUUGAAAAGGAGCUACUAUACCUACUACAAAGACAUAGAAUCCAUCUGCAGAUACAAACAUGCUGAAAAGUCAAAAUUAGCAUCACUUGUGUUUGAAAAAUUGGACAAUGCGUACAAAGUUGUCAAACAGAAGACUACAUCUCGCAAUAUUAGAGACAAUAUUUCAGACAGCGAACCCUAUAAAUGGACUAAUGCGUUCUUGGCCAUUAUCCAAGAUUGGAAAGAUAAGCUCAGUCGAUUAAGUAAACUUUUUGCCUAUUUGGAUCGAGGAUAUUUACUUCCACAUGCUACUAAGAAGACAAUCUUGGAGUAUGGAUUAGGUGUAUAUGUAGAGGAUAUACUUGCUAACAUGAAAGAAGACAGCAAAAACGAGAUAUCCGAGUUGGUAUUGAAGAGAUAUCUUCUACAGCUACGAUACGAUCAAUCUGUGCUACACAUUUAUUCUGAGUCUCUGGAGGCUUUUACGCGUACAUUAAUGAGGUUGAACUUCAACAACGACUAUCUGCUCCACAAGAACCUUUCAGACGACAUUGCUGAACAUUACCGUAGCAUCAGUAGGAAAUGGCACAACGAUCCUGACUAUUUGGACAGAGUAUGUUCCAUUCUCAAAGGCGAAGUAGACUUCUUUCGAGACUGUGGCCAAUCACAAGAGUUCCUCGAUACUCUCUACAAGUCAUUGAAGUUUGUGUUGAUCUUUUAUGACCAUUCAGAGAUAUUUGUCGAGGUAUUGCCUGGCUUGUUAGAGAGCGAAAAUGGCCCGAGACAGCUUCAAACGUUGUACAAGUUCUGUGAGCAGUCGUUGAAUGACUUUGCUCUAGAUUCUAUGCCAAUGUUCAGAACCCAAUGGGGAGCCUAUGUAGAGAAAAAGGUGAUGGAAGUGAUAGAAACGUCCAAGACUGCGGGAUCUGGGUCCAAUGUUCUUUCUUUGCUAGUAGAUAUUUUUGUCAAGUAUGACACUCUUUCUAACAGUUAUUUGGAUGAGAAGUUUGAGUUUGAGCUUAGAAACUACUUCAAGAAAGGAUUGAACGAUAGAACCAACAGUUCGUUCAUUGUUUAUCAGCUUUGUAAAUAUUGCGACUCAUACUUCAAAGGACCAUCCAAGAAGCUGAGCUUACCUGAGACGUUUGAGGAGUUCAAGAAAAAUGUUCUUAUCAUCUUCAAAGCCAUCGAGAACAAGAGAGAUUUUACGGAAAUCUACCAGAAGGACCUAUCUAAGCGACUUUUGGUAAGUAGGAAUACCAACUUCGACCAUGAAAAAGAACUAGCAGACUCUCUCCUCGAAGUCAUUGGCGAAAGUGAUGAAAGUGUAGGACUCCAAGUUAUGUUCAAAGACUUAAAUCAGUCUAAGGAUGUUUAUUCUCUGUUGAUUGAAAGUACUGGAAUUGAAUUCAAUCCAUUGGUGUUGGAAAAGAAGUAUUGGCCCGACAUUCCGAAGAUGGAUACAGAUAUAACGCUUCCUUCCGAGCUUCAACUUUUGCUAGAUCAAUUCACCGCUAAAUACACGUCGUCAGGUGAAAGAUUCAAAAGCCAGAAAUUGGACUGGUCCAACUACACAUUGCACCAGCUUUCAAUUAAUGCAGAGUUUGAAAGUGGAACAAAAGAAUUGGUUGUGAAUCUACUUCAGGCGGUUGUUAUAUUGGUGUUUAACGACGUUAACAGCUAUACUUUUGUCGAGCUUCAGCAAUUGACUGGUAUGGAACCCAAACUUCUUAAACGAGUCUUGGGAUCCGUUUCUUCAGAGAAGUACGCGAUUCUUUCGCGAGAUGGGGAUAUCUAUCUGUUCAAUUCCAAAUUCACAGAUAAGUCGUCCCGAAUCAAGAUUCCACUUUCAAAAGAUAAGGAUUCGAUGAAGAUCUCCGCUUCUGUAUCUGAGCUGGAUACAAAUCGCAUUAUUCUGCGAAACAGAACAGACGAGCUCAAGGGUGCCAUUGUAAAGGUUAUGAAGGAGUUCAAGCAGUUGAGUGUCACAGAGUUGUUGAACAAGGCCAUCGAAGGAGUGGAAAAGAGAGGACCAGUUACUUUGACUGAAUUGAAGAAGAAUAUCGAUGAUUUGGUGGACAGCGAGUAUUUACGCAGAGUCGACAGGGAAACGUUGGCAUACAUACCGUGAUACAGAUGAAUAUAAUGAAGCUUUAUAAGACGAAAAGAUAUAAAUAUAGUGCAAAGAUACUAGAAUGGCAUAAAGAACUUAGGAGAGCUCAAGCUCAAAAGAGCUAUUCUAUAGGCAACGUG